ACACGUGAUUUACUCUUAUUGGAAGCGGUGACACGAACAUACAUGCUGCGCUGCUUGUACAUAUCCAUGGAUUAUGGCUCCUUAAUCUAAUAUUUUUCGAAGGAGAAAAACGGUGCAGGGCAUCAGAAAUUUUGAAGGAAUUGGGGAAAUUUCAGAGCAGACUCGGUGAAAAUGGUGCGGCUUCGUACAUAUGUGAGCCUCAGUUUGGUGGCAACUGUAGCAGCUCUUUAUCAUGCAUUCAGUAGUAGAGGCCAAUUUUACCCAGCUAUGGUUUAUUUGUCGACCUCUAAGAUCAAUUUGGUGCUUCUGCUUAACAUGGGUCUAGCCAUUAUGUGCAUUUUGUGGCAGUUAACUAAAUGGGUAUUCCUUGGUUCCCUCCGAGAAGCUGAAGUUGAAAGGUUAAAUGAGCAGUCGUGGAGAGAGGUUAUGGAAAUUCUCUUUGCUAUCACUAUUUUCAGGCAGGACUUCUCAGUGACAUUUCUUGCUAUGGUCGCAGCUUUAUUGUUAAUCAAGGCAUUACAUUGGUUAGCUCAAAAGAGGGUUGAGUACAUUGAGACAACCCCAUCAGUGCCCAUGCUGUCUCACAUUCGGAUAGUUUCAUUUCUCGGAUUCCUCCUUCUCCUAGACAGUAUGUUUUUGUACAGUUCUAUUAAGUAUUUGAUAGAAACACGUCAGGCUUCAGUUUCUCUCUUCUUCUCCUUCGAGUAUAUGAUACUAGCAACAACAACAGUCUCUACUUUUAUAAAAUAUAUUUUCUACGUUAGUGACAUGCUAUUGGAAGGACAAUGGGAAAGAAAAGCCGUUUACACCUUCUACUUGGAACUUAUUCGAGAUUUGCUUCACUUAUCCAUGUACCUCUGCUUCUUCCUUGUGAUUUUCAUGAACUAUGGUGUACCGUUGCACUUAAUAAGGGAGCUCUAUGAGACAUUCAGGAAUUUCAAACUUCGUGUUGCCGAUUUCAUUCGUUACCGUAAGAUCACAUCAAAUAUGAAUGAUCGUUUUCCAGAUGCAACACCUGAAGAGCUCAAUGCAAGUGAUGCUACCUGCAUUAUUUGCCGGGAAGAGAUGACCACAGCCAAAAGAUUAAACUGUGGACAUCUCUUUCAUGUUCAUUGUCUUCGUUCAUGGUUGGAGCGGCAACAUACUUGUCCUACAUGCAGAGCCCUAGUUGUACCACCUGAGAAUGUCACAAGUGCAGCUGGAGCACAAAGUGGAUCACAAUCAGAUACUCACCUGCAGGGGACAGGCACCACAAGUACAGGACUGCAUGGCUCAGUUGGUAGUAUGCCAAAUAAUCAUUUGAGCCAGCAUCAAGCCAGGCUCCAGGCUGCUGCUGCUGCUGCUGCUGUAUAUGAGAAAUCUUUCGUUUACCCUUCUGCAAAUACUCUAGCAUGGUCUCUUGGAUACACCAUGCUUCCCUGCGCACAAAUGCCUUUGGCUGAUGCUGCCAAUGGAGAGUCUAGUGCAGAACAAGCCUUGAUAGGACAAUCACAGAGAGAGUCUGCAUUCCCUGCUGGGCCUUCAAACUUGUCCCUUCCGCAAUUUUCCCACUAUGUCUUUGCACCCUUUCAGGUUCCUGGUGCCAAUGCAGAUCAUGGAGAUAGGUUGGGCAAUAUGCCAAACUCAGAGUUGGAAGCUCAGAAAAAGCUUCUCCAACACCAGAUCGAGGCCCUGCAAAGGCAGCUCCAACUUCUACAUCAGCCAAGGCCUGAGGGUAGUGUGCAUAUGGAUCAUCCAACACCAUCAUCAGAAAGCAAAGGUAAGACAGUUGCAACUUCUUCAUCCUCAUCAGACUCUGGUCAUUGUGGGGAGAGUGAUGUGUAGUCCUUUAACAAUUGUAAUUGUAUCAUGAGAGCAGAGGCUUAUAUGUAUAGGCAAAAGAAGAACUAGGGAAAGAUCCUAACAUAGCUUCACAAAUUUAGUUCUUUCACUACGGGGUUGCCUCUUUCACUUUAAUUUUCAUAAAUAUUCUUCUUUUCUCUGUAAUGAUUUUAAAUGGAAAAGAAAAUGUUAUUAACAGAGAAAAGGUUUCUAUAACAUUUUUCA